GGCGGGGAGCGCCACCGAAGGGGACUGUUUGCUCCUACGGGCUGUAGAUGGAGCUGUCCGGCCCCGGCAAGGGGGAAGGCGCCUGGAAAACGUUCUUCUUCUCCCUGGCCGGCCCGAGCGGGGAACAGCACUCCCAGGAUGCAGUUUGUGUCAACACGGCCGCAGCCUCAGCAGCUGGGCAUUCAGGGUCUGGGGCUGGACAGCGGGAGCUGGAGCUGGGCCCAGGCUCUGCCCCCGGAGGAGGUCUGCCACCAGGAGCCGGCGCUGCGCGCGGAAAUGGCCGAGGGAAUGCCGCCCAUGCAGGCUCAAGAAUGGGACAUGGAUGCCAGGCGGCCUAUGCCUUUUCAGUUCCCGCCCUUCCCAGAUAGGGCCCCUGUGUUUCCCGACCGCAUGAUGCGAGAGCCCCAGUUGCCCACAGCAGAGAUCUCUCUCUGGACCGUGGUGGCUGCCAUUCAAGCUGUGGAGAGGAAGGUGGAUGCCCAGGCUAGCCAGCUACUGAAUCUGGAAGGACGCACAGGAACGGCGGAGAAGAAGCUUGCCGACUGCGAGAAAACGGCCGUGGAGUUCGGCAACCACAUGGAGAGCAAGUGGGCCGUGCUGGGGACCCUGCUGCAGGAGUACGGGCUGCUGCAGCGGCGCCUGGAGAACCUGGAGAACCUGCUGCGCAACAGGAACUUCUGGGUCCUGCGGCUGCCCCCUGGCAGCAAGGGGGAGGCCCCCAAGGUCCCCGUGACCUUCGUCGACAUUGCUGUCUACUUCUCUGAGGACGAAUGGAAGAACUUGGAUGAAUGGCAGAAGGAACUCUACAGCAAUCUGGUGAAGGAAAACUACAAAACCCUGAUGUCCCUGGACACAGAUGGCCCAGUGUCCAAGCCAGAUGCUCCGGUCCAGGCAGAACCCAGGGAAGAGCCUUGUGUGUGGGAGCAGCAUCACCCUGAAGAAAGAGAAAUCCCAGUGGCUGCAGACGCAGGAACAGAGCCUCUGGUGCCUGCACAGGACAUGUCCUCCCAGGUGAAACGAGAAGAAACCCUGUGUGUGCGGGGCCAGCGGGGCCUGGAAGAGAGAGCCAUCCCUACAGAAUCCAUUACUGACUCCCCCAUCUCUGCCCAGGACCUCUUGUCCCGGAUUAAGCAGGAGGAACAACAGUGUGUAUGGGACCAGCAGGAUCUGGCAGAGAGAGAUAUUCCUACGGACCCCAAUUCAGAAUCUCUCAUCUCGGCACAUGACAUUUUGUCCUGGAUCAAGCAGGAGGAGCAGCCGUACCCUUGGGGCCCACGGGACUCAAUGGAAGGAGAGCUUGGACUCGACUCUGGCCCCAGUGACAGCCUGCUGCUGGUGAAGAACCCACCCCCAGCCACUGCGCAGCCCCAAACCCAACCUCACCAGCAGAGCCUACCCACCUUGGCGGUGCCAGAGAAUCCUGGCGGCCCCGGGAGCCGAGGCCUGCUGGAGGACGGCUUCCCGGCGCUUCCGGGGGAGCGCAGUACCGGAGGCGAGGCUCAGUCCGGCGGGGAAGGCAGCGCCGGCGGUGGCGGCGGUGGCGGUAGCGGCGGCGGCGGCACUAGUGCGAGUAGUGGCAGCGGUGCUGGUGCGAGUGCAGGUGCGGGUGCUGGCAGUGGCUGCGGCAGCUGCUGCCCCGGUGGCCUGCGGCGGAGCCUCUUGUCUCACGGCGCGCGCAGCAAGCCCUACUCUUGCCUGGAGUGCGGCAAGACCUUUGGCGUGCGCAAGAGCCUCAUUAUCCACCACCGAAGCCACACCAAGGAAAGGCCCUACGAGUGCGCCGAGUGCGAGAAGAGCUUCAACUGCCAUUCAGGCCUCAUCCGCCACCAGAUGACGCACCGCGGGGAGCGGCCCUACAAAUGCUCGGAGUGCGAGAAGACCUACAGCCGCAAGGAGCACCUGCAGAACCACCAGCGGCUGCACACAGGCGAGCGGCCCUUCCAGUGCGCGCUCUGCGGCAAGAGCUUCAUCCGCAAGCAGAACCUGCUAAAGCACCAGCGCAUCCACACGGGCGAGCGGCCCUACACGUGUGGGGAGUGCGGCAAGAGCUUCCGCUACAAGGAGUCACUUAAGGACCACCUGCGCGUGCACAAUGGCCCGGGCCUAGGGGCCCCAAGGCCUCUCCAGGUGCCGCCAGAGCGAGACUAGGGUUGGGCUGGGGGGUGGGGAGGACUGGACUGGAGUUGGGGCGGGCUAGGGUUCCUGAGGACCAACCCUCCUGCCUCACAGUUCUCAGCGCACCUCCCUGCCCUCUCCUCACCUCCUGCUGGAAAUCGGCACAGGAAUUGCACUCCAGACAGGGUAUUCCAAGGGGUAGACCUGGGUACCCCAGUACUGUCUAACCCUAGUGGACAGUCCAGCUCAUCUCAUUGGGUGGACCCAGUGGCCAGGGAAAGUGCCAGAGGGACAGCAAGGCAGCAGGAAUUGUUUGGACACACCUCGGACUUCCUAGUGUGCCCACUGGCCGCCGGGGCUACAGAUUCUGAUCAGGGAAAGCGAUCAGGGAGUCUCAAAACCCUCCUGAAAUAAGGAAAAACUGAUCUAUCCUUAAGUGAGGAGACUCCCUAAAAAAGAAAGCAAAGAUGCAAUGGGGAAGUGGAGGGAUGCGCUAAGGGUAACAUCCUCAAGACAACACUGCCUCGCGCUCUGAUAGCGCUUUAUACUUUUUUAAAAAGUGUUUUCUAUCCGUUAUCUAUUUACACCCUUAGCUUAUCCCUUCGAGAUAGGUGGGGUAGGGUUUUCCUGAUGUGGUAACUGAGGCAAAUGAGACACAGGUGAGAUACUUGCUUAGCAAGCCCACAUGAGAACAUUGCGGCCAAGCCGCACUAGGGCUCCAACCCAGUGCAGUGUCCCCACCGCAUACACUGCCUACCUCUGUCGGUCUCAGACCGCUCUCACCUGGCCUUCCUGGUCUCUCUCCUCUCUCCCUUCCCUCCCCGAUUCCCCAAAUCCUCUCUGAAGCAACAGGGGCCAACUCCUGGGGUUACUGGGAUAGGGGAAAUAAUGGGCUGUACAAUGUCUAGGCUUGUUGGGAAGGCUCUUCCUUGAUAUGAACCUGGGCCCUAGCAUCCUGGUCCCCCAGCCUGUCCGUCUCAAUUCUGAUCAUUCAGUCAGGUGCAGCAGCAGCUUCUCACUGCACAGUUAAGGCCAGGCCCUCCAGAGGCAGCUGGUGCCCUGCGUCAGACCUCACCCUGAUAAUUCACUCCAGUUUCCCAGGGCACAGGGUGAGGGAAGACUGGCUGCCAGAGUAGCCACCAAGGAAUGAGACUCUGCCCAGGAGGGCUGGGCAAGUGGGUGCUAGAGCCUGAGCUCUCUCCUGCCCUGGGCAUCGCAGUUGGUGCUAUCUGUUAACUGAUUGUGCUCAUGGACAUGGACACAGACCUACUAUGCUCUGACCCUGCAGGCGCCUUGGGAAGUACCCAAAGGACUCCCUGUCAUGUUGGUGCAUCGCUCCAUGGCUCCCAGCACUGCAGCCUGGUGGGCCACUCUCCAUUUCAGCAUCUUGCAUGGCCAGGCACUGGGGUGGGGUGGCAUGCCCCAGGACCCUUGUUUGUGUCAAAAAUAGCUUUCCUGCUCCUCUUGUGGAUCCUGUUUCUCUCCCAGCUUGGGAGCGUGGUGGGUGGCCAGAAUUUCAUGGCACCGCCUUCGUGAGCGCUCUGCUUCUGUCCUGCUCAUCUGCGCUGCUCCGCUUUCCUCAGACCCUUUUUUGCCGUGCAAAGGGAAUUCUUGAAAUUAAAUAAAAGGUAUCCAGAUUGCAGACUGCAUGUUCCCAAAGCUGGAGGCUCCUCCAGCAUGGCAUCCUACAGCCGACCUCAAUGAACUGCAACUCCAUAUGCUGGGAUUUCUUCCCUCCCCCUUUCACUCAGCUUUUUGAAGGAGGCUGAUCUUAGGAAAAGUUAUCAUGAGAUAAAUGCAAGGGAAGGUUCAGGUGAGUUCUGGUAGAGCAGGAGGGGACCCUCCAGUUCAGGGAUUGUUUGGGAGAUGACAAUGUACUAUUUUCAAAAGCAUACAAAGACAAUAAUUCAUAAUCUAAAUUGCAGAAAGAUCCAAAUAUUUUUGGCUGCUA